CGCAGGAGAGAAGCAGGAGGCAGGAGGCAGCAGGGAGGGAGCAAUGGGAGCGGGAAGCCGGCAGGUUCCCUCGCAAAUCCCCCUCCGGCCCCACGUCGCCUCGCCGGCCCCGGCAGGGGAGCGAGGAUCCGGGCAAGCAGAUGGAGGAGUGGAGCUCGCUCUAGGCAGCGGGCUUGGCCGGAGAAUGGAGGAGCCGCCAAGCGAUCGGCUGAUUGGAAGAGAAACGCAGAGCGAUGGAGGCGGGGGUAGGAGGACGAUUUCUCUGCGGGGACUGGCGGCGGCGUAUACGCCCGGGUCGGGCGCUGCAGAGCUUGGCUAGCUUUCAACCCGCGCUCGCCGGCUACAGCCCCGCGCGCCCCCACCCCUAGCCCUCCCGGCGGCUCCGCAGGUGAGGUGGCUUUGACCCCGGCCUGCCUGGCCAGCACGACCCGAGGAGGUGGCUGGACGGCUGGAGAAUGAACGGAGAAGCCGACUGCCCCACAGACCUGGAAAUGGCCGCCCCCAAAGGCCAAGACCGCUGGUCCCAGGAAGACAUGCUGACUUUGCUGGAAUGCAUGAAGAACAACCUUCCAUCCAAUGACAGCUCCAAGUUCAAAACCACUGAGUCACAUAUGGACUGGGAAAAAGUAGCCUUUAAAGACUUUUCGGGAGACAUGUGCAAGCUCAAAUGGGUGGAGAUCUCUAACGAGGUGAGGAAGUUCCGAACGUUGACAGAGUUGAUCCUCGAUGCUCAGGAACAUGUUAAAAAUCCCUACAAAGGCAAAAAACUCAAGAAACAUCCGGACUUUCCAAAGAAGCCCCUGACCCCUUAUUUCCGCUUCUUCAUGGAGAAGCGGGCCAAGUACGCAAAACUCCACCCUGAGAUGAGCAACCUGGACCUGACCAAGAUUCUGUCCAAGAAAUACAAGGAGCUGCCCGAGAAGAAGAAGAUGAAGUAUAUUCAGGACUUCCAGAGAGAGAAACAGGAGUUUGAGCGAAACCUCGCCCGAUUCAGGGAGGAUCACCCCGACCUAAUCCAGAACGCCAAGAAGUCGGACAUCCCCGAGAAGCCCAAAACCCCCCAGCAGCUGUGGUACACCCACGAGAAGAAGGUGUAUCUCAAAGUGCGGCCAGAUGCCACUACGAAGGAGGUGAAGGACUCCCUGGGGAAGCAGUGGUCUCAGCUCUCGGACAAAAAGAGGCUGAAAUGGAUUCAUAAGGCCCUGGAGCAGCGGAAGGAGUACGAGGAGAUCAUGCGUGACUAUAUCCAGAAGCACCCCGAGCUGAACAUCAGCGAGGAGGGCAUCACCAAGUCCACCCUCACCAAGGCCGAACGCCAGCUCAAGGACAAGUUUGAUGGGCGACCCACCAAGCCACCUCCGAACAGCUACUCGCUGUACUGCGCAGAGCUGAUGGCCAACAUGAAGGACGUGCCCAGCACAGAGCGCAUGGUGCUAUGCAGCCAGCAGUGGAAGCUGCUGUCCCAGAAGGAGAAGGACGCCUACCACAAGAAGUGCGACCAGAAAAAGAAAGAUUACGAGGUGGAACUGCUCCGUUUCCUAGAGAGCCUGCCCGAGGAGGAGCAGCAGCGGGUCCUGGGGGAGGAGAAGAUGCUGAACAUCAACAAGAAGCAGGCCACCAGCCCAGCCUCCAAGAAGCCCUCCCAGGAAGCGGGCAAGGGCGGCUCAGAGAAGCCCAAAAGGCCCGUGUCCGCCAUGUUCAUCUUCUCGGAAGAGAAGCGGCGGCAGCUGCAGGAGGAGAGGCCCGAGCUCUCAGAGAGCGAGCUGACCCGCCUGCUGGCCCGCAUGUGGAACGACCUGUCCGAGAAGAAAAAGGCCAAGUACAAGGCCCGGGAGGCGGCGCUGAAAGCCCAGUCGGAAAGGAAGCCGGGCGCCGAUCGCGAGGACCGGGGCAAGCUGCCCGAGUCGCCCAAGAGAGCCGAGGAGAUCUGGCAGCAGAGCGUCAUUGGCGACUACCUGGCCCGCUUCAAGAAUGACCGGGUGAAGGCCUUGAAAGCCAUGGAGAUGACUUGGAACAACAUGGAAAAGAAGGAGAAACUGAUGUGGAUUAAGAAGGCCGCUGAAGACCAAAAGCGAUACGAGAGAGAGCUGAGUGAGAUGCGGGCACCCCCGGCUGCUGCCAACUCAUCCAAGAAGAUGAAGUUCCAGGGAGAACCCAAGAAGCCUCCCAUGAACGGUUACCAGAAGUUCUCCCAGGAGCUACUGUCCAACGGAGAGCUGAACCACCUGCCACUGAAGGAGCGCAUGGUGGAGAUUGGCAGCCGCUGGCAGCGCAUCUCCCAGAGCCAGAAGGAACACUACAAAAAGCUGGCCGAGGAGCAGCAGAAGCAGUACAAAGUGCACCUGGACCUCUGGGUCAAGAGCCUGUCUCCUCAGGACCGUGCAGCGUAUAAAGAGUACAUCUCUAGCAAACGUAAGAGCAUGACCAAGCUUCGAGGCCCGAACCCCAAGUCCAGCCGGACUACCCUGCAGUCUAAGUCGGAGUCUGAGGAGGACGAUGAAGAGGAUGAGGAUGAGGAUGACGAGGACGAGGAGGAGGAAGAUGACGAGAACGGGGACUCCUCCGAGGAUGGCGGCGACUCCUCCGAGUCCAGCAGCGAGGACGAGAGCGAGGACGGGGAUGAGAACGAGGAUGAGGAUGAGGACGAGGACGACGACGAGGAUGACGACGAGGACGAGGACAACGAAUCCGAGGGCAGCAGCUCCAGCUCGUCCUCCUCGGGGGACUCCUCGGACUCUGACUCCAACUGAGGCUCAGCCCCACGCGGGGCGCCCCUCCUCGACUGACCACCUUUGUUUCUCUCCCAUGUUCUGUCCCCUGCCCCCUGGCCUCCCCCACUUUCUUUCUUUCUUUUUCUUUUUUCUUUUUUUUUAAAAAAAAAAAAACAAAAUACAGUGGGGAGAGGCACUGGAGGCGCCCAGGCUAGAACUCUGCGUCCUCAGAGCCAUCAGCCCUGGAGGGCCCUCCAGGGAGCGCAACCACCAGACUGAGCCACCACUGGACCGGCCCAGCCCACCCCUCUUUUGCACUCGCAGUUCCGGCAUGGACAAUGGACCUGGGAGUGGGAUCGGGGGUGGGUCCCAAAGAGUUCUCUGAGGCCCUCUACACCUGCAGCCCAACCCCUGGGAGGGCGGAAGCUUGGGGAAGGCCCCUUUGUUUCCAGAGGGGCUUGCAGCCUGGACCCCUACAUUGGAACUGGAGGCAGGGGACAUGGGAGAGGAGGGCGGGUGCCUAUGGGGAAAUAGGCACGGCCCCCCAGCCCUCUCCCCUGCCCCCUGCAGGAAGGAGCUGCCUGGACCCACUCACGAGGGGAGGGGGCAGAAGUGUUUUUUAUAUAUGUGUAUAUAUUUUUUUUUUUAAGCUCUGAGCUGUCAACGAGACGUUUCCUACCGAUCUCGGCUGCCGUCUCUGUUGUCAUUUCUGGGAGAGGGAGGGGGUAGGGGUUAGGUUUGGGACUUUUUUAAAACGGUCUUGAUGCGUGUGGAAAAGUGCGUGUGUGUGUGUGUGCGUGUGUGUGGCCUGUACAUAGCAUGGGUGCACCUGUGGAUGUGUGCAAAGGCACAUGUGUAUUUGUGUGUGUAAGAGAGGAGGAGGGGCCCACCUCAAGUCUGUGAAUCUGGUGAAAGGGUUGGUGCGGGCCGGGGUGACAUUGAUCCUGGUGGGGACAGGCUGGGUGGCCCCUUUCUCCAUAUCUUCUGCUUUGCCGAAUCUCGGAUUCAGUUUUGCGGGGUGACUGAAGCUCCUCUGAUGCUUCUCAUACUGGUUUCCUUCUGAGCUACUGCUGGUCUCCAAUAUCCAGCAGGAUGGCGGAGAGGGGAACAGACCAGGUAGAACCUUAAAGCUUUGAUUUGGUGGGAAAGGCCUCUGCAGCUCAUCUGAGAGGCCUCCCGGCCACCCUGGGCUCCGAGAAAUGUGUUGGAAGCUUGUAACUUACACGUCGCUCCUGCCUUUCCACCACAUCCUCCAGCUCCCCCACCCCCAUUUCCUUUGAUUUCUCAGGUCUGCCCACCUCCCCAAACCCACGGCUGGGGAAGAGGUCUGCAAAAGCUGUUUUUGCAGCUGUCCUAACCCUUCCCAGCCAUCCCCCCAAUUUUGGUACCCCGAUUCCUAGACUUUAAUAAGCCAAGCCACCUUGUCUCUGGGUUUAAAUUUGGGGGGGGGGGUGUUUUAAAUUUUGACUUAUUAUUUUUUUUAAACAAUCACAUCGUUGACCUAUCUAAUCGGGGCUUUGUGCUUUUCCACCUUCCCCUCUGAAUGAAAGCCAAGGGAUGGGGAAGAGUGGGAGCUCCGCCCAGGAGGCGGGCUGGGAAAGGUGGGUCCUGCUCCCAAAGGCAGGCGGUCCCGAUUUGCCUUGGACUUGGUGCUGGGAGUGGGGGGAGCUAGGGAGGGACACUUCCCACUCCCACUCCCCUUCCUUUGUCCUGAUCCUGGAAUUAGGUACAAGGGUUCAUAGGUUCUAUUUCUUCCGGAGAGCCCCUGCAGAGAACCCUGUUUCCCUGUUUGAAUGCUCCUGCGCUGUUGUGUUUUAGUGAAACGUGUCUUCACUUAAAACCAACUUCGAGCGGGGCACUGUUUCUUUCCCCCCGUUUUGAAAGUUGAAAAAUUCUUACAGUACAAACAGGGCUGUGGGGGGUGAGGGUGUUGGUGCUGUGAGAGGUCACUCUGAGUGCAUUUUGGCACUGGGAUGGGAUGGCUGGGGUGGGAGGACCCCGCUCCCCCCUCCUUUUUUCUAAUAUUUAAGGAGUGUUUUUGUAGGUUUCAACAACAACCACAACUUGAAUUUGUAACAUGGGAGGUGGGAGGGAAUGGCUUAGAGGUGUCCGCCUAAGCUUAAGGCCAACUGUGGAAGUUUUGUUUUCCCUUUUUUUGUACAAUAAAGUAAAAAAACAAAGGUU